GGAGAAAGAAAGCGUGCGACAGGGAGUGGGAGCCCCAAGUGAAGAGGAACCCCACAGAGUCAGGCCUGGACACCGGGACCACAGAGGUGCUGAGUGCUGCCCGAUUCUGGAUCCCACCCUGCUCAGCUCAGAACUUUGUCAGCAAGCAAGAACAAUGCCAGGAGGUCUGGAGAAAACGUGUCAUCAGUGCAUUUCUAAAAUCGCCAGCAAUGCCUGCUUCGUUUUUGUGCUCUGCGCUUUCCUGGCUCUACCUCUGUCCAUGGCCUUCAUAGGAAUGAAAUUUUUGGAGGACUGCCCUAUACAGCCCCUCAUACCUUUAUAUUUGCUAGUGGGUGGCAUUGUCGGCACCUUAAAGGUGUCUCUCCUGUUGUACGACUCCACCAGGAUGAGGCGGCUGCUGUCCAAGGCCGUGGUGAUCGAUGAUGACGACGACGACGAAUACCCCUGGAGGCAGAAUGCGCACAGAUACUACAUCCACCUCCUGCUGAGCCUCUUCCUCUUCCUCUGGUUCAUCCUGGGAAACUACUGGGUCUUUUCUGUGUACCUGCCUGAUUUUCUUCCCCCUUUCCAGCAGCCUCAGGACUACUGUGACAAAACCCUGUACCUCUUUGCAGUUGGAGUCCUGGCACUCAGUCACACCGUGCUGGGCUUGCUCCUGCUGUGCAGCGGCUGUGUCUACCUGUGCUCCAGGUGGAGACUUGCUGCCGAUGAAGACUGACAGCUGCCUUGUCCAGCAUACCAUGUAUGCAUGUGCGCAUGCGCGCGCGCGCACACACACACACACACACACACACACACACACACACACACACACACGUUCAGGAGAAGGGCAUAAAGGUAAUAAAUUCUUCCCUGAAGGCAUUUAAAAAGCCACCCAAACGCACUGAAUAUGAUAGUGGACUAAAGAAACUCUUGCCUUCCUAGACACGGGGAAAUCACUUCUGCUCUUUUCAGAGUAGGAAUUUUGUUCUCACAAGAGUUUUCAAAGUGAUCAUUGUUUUUGAGGGGAUGAAGUGUGAGAGGCAAAGAAUGGGAGACCUUUUCAAAUCAUAGUGCAGUUUCAAUGACUGGUACAAGAACAUGGUUGGUUGUUGCUACUGCUGCUGUCAUUCAGUCAUGGUCACCUUGAAGUGCACAGACUUUCAAACAAGAUAUAUCUUAACUUCACUCACUAUGAUGACUUUUGUUGUUAAAAGGAAAAAGACACUCUUUUAGUGACUCUAGCUGCCUUUUGGGAAAGUGAAGGUGCAGUCUCUUCUAGCCAUAUAUCAGAUGGGUUUGAUGUGAUGGGUGGAACAUCCCAAGGUCAGCUGUAAAAUCUGCCAAUGUCAAAGCAGUCGCUUCCACCUAGGGGGCGGGCUGGCCUGCUAGCCAGGCAUUGCGGAGUGCAGCGCCGUGUGCACCGUGUGCCGCUGCUGCAGGUUCUUUGCUUGGCCUUGAGUCUGUCUCUGCCCCUGGCUAUUUGUGUACCUCUCUAUGAUCUGCGGCUGGCUGGGUGGCAUAAACCAGUUUUGUAUGUUUCUGGACAGGUUGCAUGAGUUGGGUUGCCGUCAGUGUAGCUGUUUUUGGUUUCUGAGCUUAACUAUCAAAUAAUAGCUCCUCAACCUAAUGACCAGUUAGGCUUUGGAAGCCUUUUGUAAAUUGAGAUGUCUGGAAGUCCAGGAUGACACCAAACAGUGACCACUAACCUUCCCUCUGGCUGCCGCUGUGGAGAGAUGAAGUCCAGGUCUGUUGUCAGUGCUUGCCGGGGAGCCUCUUUAUGAGCAAAGUCCCACACUUAGAAUUUUGUAUGAAGACGCUGUCAUGAAUGUUUCUAGGGCAAUGCCCAGGGGUGCGUGGCACCUGCUUAACUGUGCUUCUCUCAGCCACAUGCAUAGCCUUUCUGUAUAUUUACACACUGCUGAACUGUGUUUAUUUUUUAAUUUUUUAAUUUUUUCGUUCUUUCUCAUCAAACCAAUCCCUGAGUGGCCAUGAAUGGAGGCACCUCCCUUCAUCAGAAGUGUCAGCUCAAACCAAGAGGCUCAUUCUUCUCCAUGGCUUUAAGAGAAAGGCCCUGUGAAUCCCAUGGGGUCUUCCCAUUUCAGUUUAGAAGCUCUCCCCGGGCAGUCACCAUUGGUCCCCCUUUCCUCCCAGGUGAGAAGAAAGUGCUUGGUGUGCCAUCUGCUGGACAAAGGAGGAACAGCCGUUUUUUUGCCCCUGUCUCUAAGGGCAGUUUCUGUUUUCAUUUUCACUUGAGCCAUGACAGAAGACCAGCGGGUGUGCAGUUUGCAGAUCCCACCUCACCUAUGAUGCCCGAUUCUAUCCUCACUGUGUCCCAUGUUGCCCUCUCCGUGUCUGGGGAGAGUCUGUGGGCUACGAUACUGGGGUGGACAGGGGUUCCAUGGGCUCCCCUCCCACCCUCCUUUCCCCAGUCCAUGACUCGUCAGCCACUCCCAGUCACUUAGCCAAUAAUUGGACAUCUGUGAGCAGCAAAGAUCUGGGCCCAGGGACGCCUGCAUGACUCCCACAUGAAAGCCUCUGAGGCUUCUGUUGCGAGGGCCUUGGCGAAGGCGGAAAGAGCUGUGGACAACCAUAAGCAUGAGGAUUUCUGUUAGCAGAUGGCAGGUACUGGUUAGUGCUUUGGAUACAUCAUUAGCUAGGUCUCAAAAGUUGGACAUUCCCAGUUUCUGGUAGGCAUGAGUAUCACCAGAGUGUUGCAGAAAUCCUUCCCAGAGGGAGUAGUGGAUGGAGUGAGCUCAUUCUCAUAUGCACCCCCCAGCCCACCCCCAGUUGCAAUGGAGAAUAUUAGUCAUAGGUCCUAAAUAAUUGCUAAAAUCUGGACUAUAUUUUUGGCUUUCAGUUUCCUUGUCACCAAAGCAGUAAGGAAGAGGUGAUGAUCUCUUCCUAUAAGUCACACAUCUUCCCUGGUUUGAGGUUACAGUGAGCUAUGAUUGCGCCAUUGCACUCUAUUCUGGGUGACAAAAUGAGACCCUAUCUCUAAAAAACAAAAUUACCCCCUUCUGGAGAAACAGGUAAGAUCCGAAAGAAAACGUUCAUGUGCAUUCAUUCAUAGAGGGGACACUGAGUGGUUCAGUGGGUGACAUCUUCAGCGCAGCAGGCUUUGAAUGAUAACUGACUAAGACCUCCCUCAGGAGAUGGUGAGAUGGUUAUGAUAAGGCACAUUUCAAGAAAGAGGCUCUGCGGCCAAGGCAAAUGGUCUAUAACCAUAGUUCUUUGAAGUCUGGCUUAAUCCAGGGAUGACAUCCAGACUGUCUAGGAAGGGCUGAGCUGCGUGCCCUUUAAGUGAUCACCUGUUAGUAUAAUUUCACUCAGCUGGAGGUGAGUGUAAGAAGUUCCUGGUUAUAGAAGAAGUUAGAAUCCUUGGCAUGGCCUGAAGUAGGCAUUCCACACUGAUGUGAAAUGUGCUGUGUAUACCUGCAGAAUGAAAAUGCCCAUCUAAGACUGGCCCAAGACCUGGGCAGCCUUCCUCCAUGGGAACCCGGCAAGGCAAUGGGAAGUGGACAUGGGAGCACCUGAACCUUCCGGAGGCUAUGAAACCUCAAGGGAACAAAUUAUGUGGCAGAGAGGGAUGAUCAGUUCUUCCCAUCUGAGAAAAGACUGCAGCAAAGAUCAACUCUAUGUUGAGGUCAUGUUAUCUGCUACAUCGGGCAUCAUGCUAAAAACCAUUCUUUGCCUGAAUUUGUAUAAAUGACAGUUGAAAGCUGUAAAAGUGGGACUGUUUCACGGAAGUCAGCCACACCAGUGGUUCUCAAACCUUGGUGAACCUUCAGAGCUACCCAAGGACUUGUUUGCAAUGCAGAAUCACAGCCCCCAGAGACUCUGACUCGUGGGGCCUGGCUGGUUCUGAUUCAGUGACCGGAGAACCACAUGUGCGCACUUGGGCCACACAUACAGCCUGGACUGGCUUAUGUCAGGCCCAUCUUGGUUGUCACCAUGAGGACAAUUUAAUGUCGUUUCCAGUACUUCCUAUUAUUUCCUUCUCUUUUAGUAUGAGAAGUGGCCAAGUGGUCAAUAGCUUUCAUUUUUGUGUAACUGAAUCUUGUGCUUCAUUUCCUUCUGGGCAUUUUUCAUUGUUGAUGAAAUAAACUUUGUUCAAUUUGU